AGCCCGAGCGGAGCAUUUGCAGAGGGAGGGCUAGAGAGCAGGGAGAGAAAGCGCGCUGGGUUGUGGCGCUGCCUGACGUUUGCGAGCGGGCGACAGCGAAGUGCACCCCGACUCUCCGCCACGAGAGGCGAGCGAGCCAGGAGGGCGCGGGGCAGGCUAGGAGCAGCAGCAGCUCUCCCUGUGCGCUGGGAUUUGCUAUUGUUGUGAUUAUUUUUUCCCCAUACAUUAAUUUAUUCCCUCCCGCCCCCACUCUUGCCGGCUUGGAUUUUCCCUCCACUCCCCGACCCGUUUGGAUUUUGAAAGCGGUGGCCAGAAGGAAAAGGGACCCCUUCCCCCCCAUCCCUGCCCGGGGCAGGAGAAGUCGGAGCGAGCCGAGCCAGGGAUCCACAGCGGGGGUCAGCCAGCCCCCUCCCCUGAAAGGAAACUCCAGCCGCAGGAAGCCAACCCGAAGACUGGAAAAUGCAUUGAAACUUUCCGGCAAACUUUUUUUGUGUGCGCGCGCGCGUGGGUUUUUCUUACCGCCGCGGGGAAAUCUGUUACAAAUCGGUGCCGUCUGGAGCUUGGAUUGGCCCGCCGGGGGUUGGAUCGGAACCGGGCCGGACCGAGGAGGCUGAGCUUUGUGCAGGGAGCAGGAGAGAGGGAGAGAGAAAGAGAAAAGGCUGGGGCGGGGGGUCUGCUUCUUUGGCGCUUAGAGAGCCGGGCCCAUGGAGGGGUGAAACCCGAGACUGAAGAGUUUCCCCGGGCCGCAAGCUUUGCAGAAAUCGCCCAGGGGAGCGGCUCCAGGAGAGGGAGGACCAGGGCUCGGAGAAGUAGAGAGAAAGGGGAGACAGCAAAGCCUCAGCCAGCCAGCCACCCGCCUCCCCCGACCUGCUCCAGGAAUCAUGAACUUUCUGCUCACUUGGAUCCACUGGGGGCUGGCGGCGCUGCUCUAUCUCCACAACGCCAAGUUGUCGCAGGCCGCUCCGACCCUGGGGGAUGUGGAGAGGAAACCCAAUGAAGUUAUCAAGUUCAUGGAUGUCUAUGAGCGUAGCUUCUGCAGGACGAUUGAGACCCUGGUGGACAUUUUGCAGGAGUAUCCUGAUGAGGUGGAGUACAUCUUCAAGCCGUCCUGCGUGCCCCUGCAAAGGUGUGCAGGCUGCUGUGGUGACGAGGGCCUAGAAUGCGUCCCCGUGGAGGUGCACAACAUCACCAUGGAGAUAAUGAAAAUUAAACCCCACCAGAGUCAGCACAUAGUGCACACGAGCUUCUUACAACACAGUAAAUGUGAAUGCAGACCAAAGAAAGAUGUCAGAGCUAAACAAGAAAAAAAAUCAAAGCGAGGAAAGGGGAAGGGGCAAAAGAGAAAGCGCAAGAAAAGCCGGUACAAACCGCUCAGCUUUCACUGUGAGCCUUGCUCAGAGAGGAGAAAGCAGUUGUUUGUACAAGAUCCCCAGACCUGUAAAUGUUCCUGCAAAUUCACAGACUCACGUUGCAAGUCGAGGCAGCUUGAGUUAAACGAGCGCACUUGCAGCAGAUGUGAAAAGCCAAGACGGUGAGCAGUGGAGAAGAAUGGGGGACAGCCCUGUUUCUGGAGCCGGAUUUCUCGCCUGGAUGGAAAAAGAAAGAAAGAAAGAAAACACAAAAACUCUAAUCCAAAUGAACCCUCUAAUGAAGGAUCGGUAGAGCACAGCACUUUCAGUAUGGACGAUGGACUCUGGAAGGAACAUUCCCCGAGGCACCUGCCGCACAGGAUGUUUUAUUUUAUUGUUUUUUUUCUUUUCAUGCUGCUAAAUAAGAGAGCCAGGAAGACUAUAAGGGUGUGUUUUAUGGGAUUCCCAUACAUACAUAUACAUAGGUAUAAAUAUAUAUGUACAUACAUAUAUAUGUGUGUAUGUAUGUAUAUAUAUAUAUAUAUAUAUAUUAACCUAUUAUAUGUGUGUGUUCGCAAGUGUGUCUGUGUACACAUGCUGAAUUUUUUUAACAUUGCUAAUGUUAUUGGUGUCUUCACUGGAUAUAUUCAACUGCUGUGGACACAAGCGGGCUACUUGGGGCAUAAGAAACAAGCUGAGACUGGACUGUAGCAGAAGCGCUGGGGAUAGCCUUCUUAACUCUUGACUGACUUGUGCGGCUUCCAUUCUUUCUCUGUUGGGUGGGCCGUUCCACGAACCAGCUUCUCCUCCCUAGCAAGGGGAGGAGAGGAACCAGAGAAGAUGGGUAGGAGAUUCCAAAAAGCGGUGCCUUGGGGCGUUAUGUGUCAAAGGUCAAGGAAAGAGAUGGGGCACUGACCCUGCUGCAUGAUUGAGGAUUCCUUCUCUCCUCCUUUCCUCCAACCUUCACCCUUACUCUCUCACGACCUGCCUUGCUGGGGGAUGUCAGUGUACGUUUUGCGUUGAGUUGACUUGCUGUAGAAACUCUACCAAGAGUACAGCCUGGCCUUAAGGAUGGUGGGCAGCUGAGGCACGAACCGUUCCCUGUGAGGAAGUAUCACAGUACAAGAAUCUAUCUUUCUCGCCCUGGUGGCUGUAUAACAACAGGAGACUCACAGGGCCCUGAAGCAAGAAUGGGGGCUUGCGCAAAGCUGGGCAGCCAUUUCACACUGCUCGGUUCUUGAACAAGUGCCGCCACUGACAAGCAUCCAAGAUGCUGGUGGAACACUUCUGCAAAGGGAUAUUAAUCAAGAGUAUAUACACAGUAGGGGUGUGUCUGUGUGUGUCUGUAUAUCUAAUUAUCUGUACUUAUUUUAUAUAUACAGCCAAGAUACUCAAAAUUACUUAGCGAUUUGGGGUGCUUUCUGAGGCCUGAUUUUUCACCUGUUCCCAAAAUAUCAGGCUUAAGGAGCAUCAAAUUGGGUACCCAUCACGUCAAAUCACUGCUUUUUUGAAAAUCUUGGCCAUCUCUCUCCUGAGCUGUAAUAGGCGCCAGUAUACACACACACCCACACACCAAUGAGUGCUUGUAUGUCUGCGUGGAAAUAUAUUACCAGCUCUGUGAUUAAAAAACAGUAAUCAAAAGGAUACUUGGUUUGUGUCAGAAUGCUGCCAGCCACCACCUUCAACUGAACUUCCAACGCUUAAUAAUGUGCCAAAUGCAAGCGUCCCAAAAGACAAGCCAGUCUAAAACCAGACUCACCACAAGUGACUACUAACCACUAGGAAUUCCCCAGCCAACUGAUGGCUUUCAGGAGGAGGAAAACACGCGGGUACGUGCCUGCAUCCAUCAUGUUUAUACUCACGCUGCAUCAUGCUCAAGACAGAGCCUUCGGAGGCGGGAAGAGAAAGUGUUUUAUAUACUUAUUUAAUAUCCCUUUUUAAAUUAGAAAUUAAACAAAUAAUUUAAUUAAGAGUAGGGAUUUUUCAGUAUUCCUUGUUAAUAUUUAAUUUCAACUAUUUAUAAACCAUACCUCCUUUUUUUAACUGAUUUAUGUAUAAGUUUAACCCUUCUAUGCCCCAACCCAUCUCUCCCCAAUUGUUGGCAGACUCAGUAGCAUGUUAUAAGUAGUAAUUUAAUUGAGUUUCUCUUAACACCCACCCCUACACAUUCCUAUUGAGACAAGGGUUAGAUAUACAUCUACAUACUAUAUAUAUAUUUGGCUAUAUGUGUGUGUGUGUGUAUAUAUAUAUAUAUAUAUAUGUCUAUGUAUAUGUGUGAUUCGGAUUAAAUAGACACUACGAUUUUUUUAUAUAUGUAAAAACAAAAAACAGGAACAAUAGAAAAUUCUACAUCCUGAAUUUCUCCUUUUUAAUUUUAAUAUUUGUUAUCAUUUUAUUUAUUGGUGCUACUGUUUAUCUGUAAUAAUUGCGGGGGAAAGAUAUUAACAAAUACAUAUUGUGUCUAGUGAAUUUUUUCAAGAUAUUCCUUAGUACAUAUUUAUUUUUUAAACAAACAAACACAAAAGUACAGAUAUAUCUUAAAAAAACAACUACAAUGAUGACAAACAAACUUUUUUUGUAUUAAAGAAUUUAAUUCUGAUCUUGAUUUUCUUUGGCUU